AUGAAAAAAUGGAAUUAAGAUAGCUUAGGUGAUAUUAACUUUGAUGAAGAUUAACUUGAGAGUUUGGCUUAUUAAGUACCCAAAAACUUUUUGAAUAUUGAUUCAUACUCUUACCCUGAUUAUUAAAUUAACCCUGAUUAUUAAAAUAACUAUUAUGAAGCCGAAGAAGAUUCAAAUAUUGAGGAUCAAAAUCCCAGCACUUAAAUAAUUUAAGAUAAUUCUAAGAAAUAUAUUGUACCUAAAAUUGUAAAAUUAAUCCAAAAAGAUAAAAAAUAACCCAAGAAGCCUAUUCAAAUAAAUCAAGAGAUAAAACAAGACAAACAAAACAAUCAAAUAUGUAUGUUUCCUGGAGAGAGUAAAAACAUUCCUAAAAAUUUUACAAGAGCCCUAAAACAUUUUAUUAGUAUAUAUUUAUAAAAAAUUUAGGUAUCCAUUUUUCAUAAACGAUUAUAAAUCAGAAUCCUGAAAUAAAGAAGUUCUUAGCUACUAAACCUGAGAAAGCGUGUAAAUAAACAUUAGAAAGUUCAUUGAAAAGUUGUGUCAAGUUAAAAUAAAUAGCAUAAAUGUUUUUUGGACAAUAUUUGUGGGGAAGUAUUUUUUUAGAAGAAAACAAAGUUGAAGUGGAACCAUACUUUAGAUUUAAUAAAGUUUGGUUUUAAUCAAAAAAGUAAUGA